AUGGAAAUAAGCGAGGAGGAGGUAGUGAUAGUUGGGGGAGGGAUCGCAGGGUUAGCGACGGCAUUGGCUCUAAAGAGAGUUGGGAUUAGAGCUUUGGUUCUGGAGAGAUCGCGAGAGCUACGAACCACUGGUGCAGCUCUUGCACUCUUCCCCAAUGCAUGGCUUGCUCUCCAAGCACUCGGUGUUGCUCACAAGCUCACCCCCAUUUAUUCCCCUCUCCAAAAGAAUCAACCUACCACAGUCCACAGGAAAGCCUUAUUGGAGACACUAGCAGAAGAAUUGUCCCCUGGGACCAUUCGUUUCUCUUCAAAGCUUACCUCCAUCCGUACCGUCGCCCUAGAUGAUGAUGAUGAUGAAACUUCUUGUGUUGCUAUCUUAAGUCUAGACGAUGGGACGGUCAUCAAGGCCAAGGUGUUGAUAGGGUGUGAUGGUGUACACUCAGUGGUUGCCCGCUGGUUGGGACUGAUGGACCCAGUGAAUGCAAACCGGUCAGCUAUGCGUGGUCUAGCAGUAUUUACUCAAGGCCAUGGUUAUAAUAAGGGGGAAGUCUAUCAGUUCAUAGACCAAGGCAAAAGAGCUGGUUUUGUUCCCCUUACUGAUAAAGGUCUCUAUUGGUUCCUCACCUACACUUCUACAUUUAAUGGUGAGGAGACUCCAAUAACAGACCCCAAGUUGCUACAGAAGGAUGUAAUGGAGAAUUUGGCCAAGGACUUCCCUUCAGUAUUCUUAGAAGUAGUUCAACAUGCUGAUCUGGAAACACUGACGUGGGCUCCAUUGACGUUCAGACUUCCAUGGGACCUAAUAUUUGGCCAUGUGUAUAAGGGGAGCAUCACGGUUGCAGGUGAUGCAAUGCACCCAAUGACACCAGAUCUGGCCCAGGGUGGUGGUUCAGCGCUUGAAGAUGCAGUCGUCCUUGGAAGACACUUGGGUAAUUCUUACCUCUCAUUAGGGGUGUCAAUGGGUUGGGUGCAGCAAAGUGGUUCUAGUUUGUUCAUGAAAUUCUUAAGGGAUGCCAUCUUCUACAAGUUUCUUUACCCUAGGGUUUUUGCUGGUGUAAAUUAUGAUUGUGGGAAGCUUCCUGAUAUAGAGGAGAACACUAAUUAA